CGUACGUCCCCCUGACUAGAUGUGGAUGGAGAUAACUGUCACUGUGCUAUCGUUUGAGCAUCAGUCAGCUCAGGUUAGGGACAUAGCAUCAUAGACAAAAGCCGAGUAUGCUGAAAUAGCAACGACUGAAAGAGUAUUUAGACAUGGCACCCAAAUCGCUGUCUGAAAAGUUAGCAAAUUUAGAGGACAGUGACUUAAAAGAGUCUACCUGCAGUUGCAGGAAACAGUGUAAGAACUGUAAAAUCUUUCUGGGAUUCUUCGUCUUAUCCCUUUCAUUGCAUCUAGUUACGCUUUUCUGUUAUUUGGACCUGAGAUCCGAAGUGAAACGCGAGAUUCUCCAGAAGAACAGAGAGGAGACAGUGUCACCGGCCGCAACCGAUAUGAAUGACCGAUAUUCUCCAGUAUUCCAGCUGUUGGAUAUCAGCUACCCAGCUGAUAUACAGAAUAGGUUGCCUCUGGGGAACAGUGACAAAAACUCUCACCUCAAAGAAGACAGAGACAAUGCUGUCCAUCGCACCAAAAGGAGCCAGCAGAAUAAACGACUUGAUUCAGAAUCACAUGGAAACAAACGAAAAGAAAGGAAAAAAGGUAAGAAGGGCCCUCCGGGUGCACCUGGCCCCCUAGGCCCUCCAGGGCCACAGGGGCCACCUGGUAUUCCUGGCAUUCCAGGCAUCCCUGGGAACAACGCCAUGGGCCCCUCAGGACCACCCGGACCUCCAGGCCCUGCUGGACCCCCAGGGCCACAGGGACCCCCUGGUCUUCAAGGACCCUCAGGGGGCAGAGUUAGAGAUAGCCAGCCUGCUGUGGUACAUCUCCAAGGCCAAGAAACAACAAUACAGGUCAAGGAAGAUCUUUCAGAAGGCGUACUGAGAAACUGGAAAAUGAUAUCCAUGCAUCACAAGGUGUUCAAGAUGCACUCGAGAUCUGGGGAGCUGGAGGUGUUGGUAGAUGGCACCUACUUCAUCUAUAGUCAGGUAGAAGUUUACUACCUCAACUUCACUGACAUUGCUAGCUAUGAGGUGAUGGUGGACAAGACGCCGUUCCUGCGCUGUACACGGAGCAUCGAGACUGGACAGCGCAAGUUCAACACCUGCUACACGGCUGGGGUGUGUCUGCUGCGUGCCCGGCAGAAGAUCUCCAUCAAGAUGGUGUACGAGGACACCUCCAUCAGCAUGACCAACCACACCACCUUCUUGGGGAGCAUCCGCCUCGGGGAUGCCCCCCCGGCCAGCCACUCUUGAAGAGGCAGGCCUACCAACCUGUCUGUCAAGCCACGACCCACCCUUCUACCAGCAUAUCCACCUAUGGCCUGCGGAGGCUCCUCCCACUCUACUCUUCCUCUACAACCAUCACCACCACCUAUCACAUAUCGACCAAUAAGGAGAUGAGGAUGCCCACCUACUCCAGAGAUGACAUCAUGUAUAGUACUAAAGUAUCCGCCCUCAGCCUGGGCCAGGCCCACCCCUUCAGGCUACUACUGAGCUGAUAAGCCCCACCCUCCCUUAUAAUAGUGGGAUGACCAGGUGUAAUGAUAUUAACCGCUGCCUGUUAUCUCUUAAUGGAAGAUUCCUUCCACAGAGCGAUGAUAACUAUGACCUUCGGAGGUGAUGAUGGACAAAUAUGCACCCAACGUGUCUUAGCAUUAAGAAAGGGAGGAGUUGUUUGAAGAAAAAAAUACAUUAGACUUUACUUUUAGAAUUGUGCAUUUAUAGAUAAUAACUUGGUUUCCCUGGUCAUGACAUGCUUGAGAAACCAAGGUUGACAGGAGUCAGUCAUGUCUCCACUGAAAGAACUGUCUGUUAGUUAGACAACAUAGGUACAUACUGUAAAAGUUUUUGAAAACAAUAUAGAAAUACAAUGUGUGGCAGUGGUCUGAUGAAAUUAACAUUUAUAGCUGAAACAGAAACAUUUCUCUGUUAGAAUGUGCACUGGUUAAAGCAAAUUAUUGAUCUGUAGGCAAAUCCCUCUCCACUCUCGCAAGUCCACUCUCUGUCUCCCUCUGUCUCUCUCCCUCUCUCCCCUCUCUCUUUCCCUCCCUCUCCCUCUCUCUCUCUCUCUCUCUCUCUCUCUCUCUCUCUCUCUC